AUGCUGGGGUGGGGACUCAGGCAAUAUAUGCAGCAACAAAAAAUGGCGACAAGCACAGGCGGCUCAGCCCCAAAGAAAGAUCUAUGCCUGUUGGUCUUGGACGGGGGAGGUGUUCGCGGUCUGUCCAUGCUUUUGAUUCUCAAGCGCUUGAUGGAGGGAAUCGAUCCUUUGAACCCGCCUCGACCAUGUGAUUAUUUCGAUAUGAUCGGUGGCACCUCCACUGGAGGACUGAUCGCCUUGAUGCUGGGGCGUAUGAAAAUGACUGUGGACGAAUGCAUCAAGGCGUACUCUGCUCUGGCACCGUCAAUCUUCACCCACAUCAGACAUCGGAUCAAGCUUUCUAACGGUGAAACGCAAGGCCGAUUUGACCAUGACGCGAUGGAAUCCGGGAUCAAGGAACUUCUUUCUCAGAACGCGAUCGAUUCCGAGUCUCUGCUGAAGGCUUCAGUUGUGGAGGACUGCAAGACCUUCGUGUGUGCUACUAGCCGGGCAACCGCUCAAACCGUCGUUCUGUCAAGCUAUUAUAACGAGCGGAGAGGCUCCGAUCUAUUAAACUCUACGAAGAUCUGGGAAGCCGCCAGAGCCACAUCCGCCGCGACGACAUUCUUCGAGCCGAUUACAAUCAGCGAUGAGACCUUUGUCGACGGCGCCACGGGGGCAAACAAUCCUAUUCAGCACAUGUGGUCCGAGGCUGCGGAUGUGUGGGGAUUGCAGGACAAUCAGCUGGAAAACAACAUCAAAUGUCUAGUGUCUAUUGGAACCGGUAUUCCGUCUCUCGAGGCUUUUGGUCCCGGGUUGAAGGAUGUUGCCAGGGCACUCAAAAGCAUUGCGCUCGAGACAGAGGCAACCGCGGGUAUAUUCCGCAAACACCAUACCCAGCUGUUCCAGUCAGACAAGGCGUUCCGAUUCAACGUUGUCCGUGGUUUGGAAAACAUCGGGCUCGAAGAAGCAUCUCAGUUGGGUGCUAUCAAGGCAGCAACCAGGAACUAUGUGCAGAUGGAAGAGGUUCUGGUCGAUAUCAAGAAAUGUGCAUCCAACUUGCAGGAGCGUGAAUCCGUUGAAUCUGACAUUUCAGACUUGAAUGACGAGGAUAGCCACUCCACCAAAGAUGAUCUUCAAUGGCUCAAGCACACUCGGGACUAUGAGACAUGGAAGGAGAGAGGCUUUGGUCUUCUCUGUUCAGGGCACAUGGUCGCUGACUGGUUCUUCAACUCGAGGGGUGGAGAGAUUGGCAUUGCACAUGCAGCAUUCUUGCAAUCCAUCCUUUAUCAACUACUCUAUCAGAAUGAGGAUCUUUUUAAAGUGGCAGCCCCAUAUUAUCGUCAAAGGUCACCUCAUCCUGAGAAUGAAUGGGACGCCCAGACCCUGAGGGGUCUGCUAAAUGAGAUCAGCGCCACGGGUCUCCCAAUGGUGUGCAUCGUCGAUGCAAUGGACGAAACCCAUGCACUUGUCAACGAUCCCAAGAUCUGCAAGACUUGUCGGCCACGGAGCAUCAUGUAUCUAUUGACAACUCUUAUUUAUGACAUUCAACAGUCCAAAAUGAAGUUCAUUGUCCUCAGCCGCCCAGAUCCUGUCAUCGAAAUGGACUUUGUUGGAUUCCAAUCUUGCUGUCUUGAUGCCUACAGGAUUGUUUUGGAGCUUGAAAAUAAGAAUGACAUCAAUAUGGUUAUCGACAGAGGCCUUGAGUCUCUACGAGAAUCCCUACAUGCUUACGAGUCGGAGGAGGAACCGAAACUGAAAAAUGCGAAGCCGCGCAAAUACAAAGGCCUUGGAAUUGUCAAGUCCAUGCAAGUGGCCAGCAAAGAAGAGACUUCCUUGAAAAGCAUUCGAUCAUAUCUUAAAGAUAAUGCCGAUGGUGUUAUUCUUUGGGUUACUCUCAUUCUGCAAGAAUUAAGUGAUCACGCCUCUGGUGGGCUGUCGACCUUUGCGGAACUGGACAACCUGAUGAGAGGGCUACCGCGGAAACUCGACAUGUUUUAUGAAUAUAUCAUAGACAAAAUUCAGAAGCAGCAAAGUCCCGAGGAGCUGGCCAAAACUCGGAUGAUCUUGAUAUUGAUCGCCGGAUCCGUGACCAUCUUGCCGAUUUCGCUUCGGGAGAUGUGGGAAGCUCUAGCGGUCCCAAUCGAUGUGAAAGCUGCUUUAAAGUCGACUAUGGACCCAAUUGUUGAAAACCUGAUACCAAUAAAGUCCUGGGUCGGGUUCCGUCGACUACUUCGCCGCAAAUGUGGCCCGCUGAUCGAAGUCGUACCCUUGCGUCGAACUCCUCGGCACAUUUUGGAUCAGGGAGAUGACACCGACAUUGGUCCCGACGACAUUCUUCAGUUCAUUCAUCGUACGGUAAAGGACUUCUUCAAUAGCCCAGCACGGAAAGGAUACCUGCACUUCUCAGAUCAAGAUGCCCGCGAUGAGACCACCGCUAUUGCCAAAAGAUAUAUUCAGAUAACCUUCCCCGAUGAGGAGACAUUGUACGGGCCUCCAAUACCAGCGAAACCCAGAAGCUCCUGGAAAACCAAUAUCCGUGACUAUGUCGACUAUCUAGAGAAAAGAAAUUUCCUUAGUUUGGCCAAGAACAUGUUAUGUCAAACCGAGACGGCACAGGUGACCACUCUCGGAAUAUACGCCUCUAUCGACAAGCUCAUAUACCUUCCCCGUGACCCAGAAACCUCUCUCUACAUCGAUGCCAAAAAUGCAAGACGAAUUGUAGGCAAAAACAUAUUGUUCUACCCUGCUUGUACCCCGACCUUUGACCGUGGCCGUGGUGGCAGUGUAGAAUCACCCGUUCUGGGACAGGCCGUUCGCUACGCUUGUGCAAAUGGCUUCGUUGUGGCAAUGCGAAACAUGAUGAUAAUAACCCAACUCCACGGUGAAACCUUACUACAAGACUAUGCCAUUUAUAACGGCGCGCUUGUCGCUUGUAUUGAGGCAGGUCAACUCGAUCAAAUACAGUCUCUUACAAGGAGGCAGAGACAUCAAUAUCAAUAUCUCCACGGAACAAAACAUAUACCCCGUUGGCCCGUUGGCUCUUAUGUUGAGUCUGCACAUCUUGAUCCCUUCAUUCAGCUGGCAAUACAAUCGGGCCAAGAGGAAAUCGUUGAAUUCCUGUUCAACCAUACCGACCAUUACUACGCCCGUCAAAAUGCCGUGAUCGACUUUGCAGUUACAAAGGAGGAUAUCAGAGCUGACGACGACCGUCCCGGCUACUUUGAUCCAUUUCUUAGGAGCCUGUCAGAUGUGGCAGAGCCUUCCAAACGCGCUGCUGAAACCAGUAAAUCCGGCAUUCUCGGCAUGAUGAACAAUUUGAAGAAAGCAUUCAAGUCGUCUUUCAACAGGAAACAUCGGACGGCUGGACGUCCUUCUUGGCUGGAACCCAAGUUGCCUCGCUCCUCGAAUAGCUCGGGAUCUCUCGACUCUCUGGAUCAAGUGCAAUCUUCGGAUGAACUGGACGUACCGAAAUUCACUCGUACCCAGGUAGAAGCCGGCUUCCCCGGAGUGUCAUUCGGCAAACCUAAAGACCUCGAUAUAGUGCCCUCGGAAUCCGACUCAAAAGAGCCAAGGCCAGCACCCGACCUGGCUUGCGUCCUAGAUCUACAUUUUGAGAAUGACAGCGAGGCAUUCCUUGACUUCAAUGACCUCGACGACCUUCCCCUUCCGGCAGUAGAGACUCAUAGACCCAAAAGGGAUAGCACGGAGAUAGAAAAUAGUGCUAACAGGUCUGGACACACUCGUCCGGGAGAAAAGGAUCCAGAUGAGUCCGAUAGGGAGGUACUCAUUCAGCCAAGGCGCCACGAUCCCGCGGGAAUUGAACACGAGCGAAAGGAAUUUCUGGAGUUGAAAAUUUUCUGCCUAGAAAUGGCAAGAGAAAAGCGCAAGUCCCGGAGUGACCGGGACAUUUCAGUCGAUGAGAUCCGUGAGGCCAUUCAAUUGGUCAUCGACGCCAUGAAUGACAAUGAUCCUGGAGAUGGUGGUGUUUACUAUGACAAUCUAGAAGAGGCCGCUUUCAAUCCCUUUGUCGAACGCUAUGCCAUGUCGGGCCGUCGCCGGUAA